AUGCCCGACUUAUCCCAAUACCAGAAUGUUUUCCGGAUCGCGAAGCCAAACGCCCCUAAACGGUCGGGCCAGGCAGCCAAAAGCAAGCAUCAAUCCAAUGGCCUCCCAGAGCAAACAUCUGGCGGCCCUGCUCCCGACCACAACCGCAGUCUUGACGACGGGGACAAUAUCUCUAAGGCCCAAUCUCGACUACAAAAGCUCGAGGAAAUGGUGACGAUGUUGAUGCAGGCAAAUCAAGACACAAGUGGGCAGGGGAGCCAGGCCACGCCUCCCUCUCCAGGAAGCAGCCAGCGCGCAGCGUCGACAAGCGCGCCACCCAACACGGCGACGGCGACAGCGCCAUCAAUGGCGGAUACUUCCCCCGUGGCAUCAGAUCCGAUACCCAACGGCCAUCUCGAUAUCAGAGGAACUGAAACCAAAUACCUCGGGGCUACUCACUGGGCUACAAUUUUAGAAAAUAUCAAAGACAUUCAGGAAUGUCUUGCACCGGAACCAGGUGAUGGAGAGGACGGAGACUUCUCAAACCACAGAAAUGACCCAGAUAUUGUCCUGUCCGAUUUGCAGCCUUUGACCUUGGCCGAGGUCUGCAGCCUGUUGCCUCCCAGACCUGUAGUAGACAAACUACUUUCAGUGCAGUUCAAUGCACGGUUUCUACACAUCCCCUUCAUACACAAGCAGAAAUUCUUACGAGAGUAUGAAUCAUUCUGGAACGAUCCCUCAUCGGUUUCUUUCCUUUGGCUCUCGAUACUUUUCUCGUCCAUGCAUCUUGGCUCUCGAAUCGCACGGCCCGAAGAAAUCGAUUUCUUCCGGUCGCUCAAAGAAGCCUCGGAUCUGUUCUUGACAUGCGCGGGUCGAGCUUUGGUAGCUGGGCAUUAUCAAAAGGCGCGGCCCUACAGUGUUGAGGCUAUGCUGCUCUAUGCUGUUAGCAGGUUCUUCCAGCAGGGUGAUUCCGAGACCGAGCCCUGGUUGUUGAUGGGGGUGGCAGCCCGCCUUGCUUUGAGAAUGGGAUACCAUCGAGACCCCAGUCAUCUGGCUCACAUUUCGCCGUUCGAAGGGGAAAUGCGCCGAAGAGUAUUCUCCACCGUGCAGACCUUUGAACUACUCCUUUCUUUCCAGGCAGGGCUUCCGGCCAUUAUCCACGAGGAGGGCUGUGACACUGCACCUCCGGGCAACCUGUUCGAUGAAGACUUUGAUGAAUUUUCCACGGCCAUUCCACCGUCGCGACCGCUCACGGAUCCAACGCCGAUGCUCUACUACUGUUAUAAAGGCCACCUAGCGCAAACAUUCCGAAAAGUGGCGCGGCAGGCUCUGUCGCCAAGAGUCCCAGCCUAUGCGGAUGUCUUGAGUCUAGACGGCGAGCUCCUCAAGAUCCGCGCAGAAAUACCGCCGAGCCUUAAAUGGAGGCCUCUCGGCUCUUCCGUCACAGACGAGACUCACAUAAUAAUGCACCGGCUCAACCUCGAGCUGGUCUAUCAGAAGGGCAUGAUGAUCCUUCAUAGAAGGUAUCUGAGUCAUGAGAGGAUGAACCCUGCCUUCGAAUAUUCGCGGAAUGCCUGCAUCACUGCGAGCGUUCAAAUGUUGCGAUAUCAAGCUGAGGUUGACCAAGCUACGCAGCCUGGAGGUCAGCUGCACAACAGUCAAUGGACGACGUCGAAUCUGGCGCACCAUGAUUUCCUUCUUGCGGCCAUGAUCACUUGUCUUGAUUUGUACGAAUCCCACCGCCAAACUCGUACAAAGGCCUUGUCAGCCCUAGACUUGGACGCGCAGAGGAUAAAAUACGACGCGCUAAAAGUCUCGCACGACAUUUGGCAAUCACAAAAAUCAACCUCAUUAGACGCUAGGCGAGCGUCGAACAUUCUAGCGAUCAUGCUCUCGAAGAUCCCUAGGCCAGGCUCCCAAAUGCAGGAAGAGUUUAAUGGAACCCACUCUGCAAGCACCGAUAUCACUCAGCCGUUGUCGCAGGUAAGCUUGGACGCUGUGAGAACCGCAAGCACGAACGAGAGCAGAUCAGAAGGCGAGCCCUCGGCUCCAAAUGACCCCUCAAUCUUCCUGUUCGACAGUGGGCAUUCAGCAUCCCAGGAUCCUGCGUCUCAGGAGUUUCUGGAUGUGAUCUUUAGCGAUUCAGACAUGGUCGACUGGGGCAUUCUAGAUCAAUACAUCCAGGAAGGCUCAACACCGAUGAGGUCGUUCGACUUUUGA